CAUCACAGUUUUGGCCUGUUAAUAAAAUAUUACUGGCUGUUUCGCUACACGGAGCUGAGGUCACAGGAUUCAAUAAAAGAGUUUGAAGUCUCGUUGGUGAAAAAUUCAAGUUUUCUUGAGGAUUUUCCACGUAUAUUUGUCGCAGUUUUUUCUGCGGACUUCUCAAAUGAAAGGGAUGUGUUUGAGUCUCCCAUUUCUGCUGUGUGUCACUAUUGCCUCAUUGCACUGCAGCACCGAGGCAAAGCGACUCUCCAACUCCAGAUAUCUACUGGGUAAAGCACUGCUUAGAAGAGCACGGGAGAUCAACGAAACUAAAAGCAAUGGUGACGUGUUAGAAGAUGAGAUGUCAGAGGAAGAGCGAGAGAAAGUCUUGCAAACAGACGCGUUAGAAGACAUUUUCGUUGGUUCCGGAAAUCACGUGUACGAGAGCCAAGGGAAAUCGGAGACUUCCGGUUCAAGGCGAGAAGAAACUUUCGCUUCUGACGAGAGCGAGGCCGAGGAAGCGGAAGAGGAUAAUGGCAAUCCUACUUCCGGUGAUAGCAAUGCGGGAGAAAGGAGUGAGGAUGAUGAAAGUGACGAAGAUGAGGAUGAGAAGAGCGAAGACGAUGACGAUGACGACGGAACAGAAACGAAAAAAGACCAAGAAAGCCAGGAAAGCACAAACGACGAGGAUACAAGCGGGUCAGGGCUGAUUGAAAGUGAAAGAGCCGCAAGGCGCUCGUCAGACAUUUCCGGUUCAGGCUCCGGAAGUGAACAGCAAAAUGAUGCUACUGAGCAAUCAGGGUCAGGAGAAAGCACCAUUGAGGAAGUUGCGCCCGCGGCUGCACCUCAGGUUGAGGCCAGCGGAACUGAGGAAAACGCCGCGAAAAAAUCGGAAAUCGAAACAGCUUCCGGUGACAGUCAAGACGAAGACGAGGAAAGCGGAAGUGCAGACGCUAUCAAAAAAGGAAUUGAAAGCUUGAGCCGACUUUUAACGCCAGUAGCCAGCGGUUACGAUUUUGAGUUGUACAGCGGUAAUACUGCGAACGAUGAUAAAGAAGUGGAAACUGAGGCGGAUGGAGAGAGCGAGAAGGGAGUCAGCUCCGAUACAGCGGAAGUCCACGUCAAGCAAUGUAAAAGAGUUUGCGAAGAUCCCAUGACUUAUGAACAAUGUGCUGUGCCUCGCUGCGACUAUAAAAUGGGAACCAUCAAAGACUUGUGCAUCUAUCUGUGUAAGCAUCAGACCCCCGUCUGUAGACAGCAAUGCGAGUAAGUAAUGUCUAAGGAGACUUAUUUUCGCGAUGUGAAUAAUCGAUAACUUUUUUUCUCGAUUUCAUUACGAGGCUGAAAAUGAAUUUGGCCGUUUUCGUCUUCAGGUCCUUAAGAGAUUUAUUAGUAAAAUUCGUUAAGGGGGAACUGGAGACGAGAAUGGUAUAACCGCUGUACUCAAUUGACCUCAGGCUCGAUUGUUUCUAAUUUAACAAGGCCAGUCUAAGAUUUAUUGGUUGACUGAAUAAACAAACCACGGGCGAGCAACAUUGACAGAAACUCGUUUAAACAAGUGAUUUCUCUUUAUCUUAAAAGUUUAACAAAUACCGUGAAUCACGAUUUGACACCGUGUGUAAAUUGUUUAUUGAACAUCACGAAACACUAACUACAAAAAUCUAAACAAGUAAUAACGAGCUGAAUAAAUAAAAAGAGAUAUAUUAGCAAGAGAAAAAAAAUGAACCUUUGUAAAGAAAGACAAUUUAACAUGCGAAUUGUAUGAUCCCAGACUAGCACCGACAUGUCUCUGUACGUAUUGCGCGCCUACUUACGCUGGAUUACAAAGUGAGAUUAUCCAAACUGACGAAAAAGCUACAAAACAGACAGUGAAUUUUUAGCCCAACAGACAUUUAUCGUACAGCGAAAAUCAGCCAGCUAAGAGACCUUACACACAUGGAUCCAACCAGUUUACUGAUGACAAUAAAGAAGGAAACAACUUUUCCUGAAAAAAUAUUUAAAUAUUUUAAUUUGAAAACGCAAAAAACUUACAAUGUCUGAGAUCGACAUGUUUCGCAAUGCAAUCCGCACGUUCAUUUAUAUCGUGUCGAGCUUGCUGAGGGAUUAAAGUUUUCGGAAUGCAGUGGAAUGGCGAUUUUUCGAACCUUCAAGGCAAACGAAAAGUGGUAUGAAAAGUCUGUUAGUUCGAGAAAUCGUGGGUAAAAUUACAGUGUUAGACUGAGAGGAAGAAAACAACUUUUGGUUCGAAUUAUCAGGAGGAUUGAAAACUCGAGGGUUUAAAAAAUCGGGAUUCAACUGUAUAUAACUUUCUCAAACUGCCUUGCUUUUAGGUCGUCAAGUUGGACUUUUAUCUCAUUGUUUUUUGUUUUGUUUUGCUUUUUUCACUGUGAAGUAACAAUUUCUUAAGCAAACAAAACCGUAAUCUCCUAAGCACGUGCCCACACACAUGUACAACAAAGAAAUUAGAAUGUCAUAGUUCCCUAAGACAGUGUUAUAUAAUGAAACAUUGUAUUGGCUGUAAUGAGUUUAAGGGGCUUGAACCCAUCGAUCGGUUAUUUUGCAUUCGCCGCAUUUGACAACUACCUGUUAAAUCAUUAUCUGGUAGUCAAAAUAUAUUUAAACCGUCACCUAUGGUGGCUGUCUUCUCAAACGAUCUUGGAAUAAAAAGUAUAGAUGUGAUUCCUUGUUUUCGUAUACGAAAUAUUAUUAUUAGUAGUAAUUGAAAGCAAGGAAAGCAUUGAGAUUUUUUACAAUGAAUUCUAUAGAAGCUUUUAACAUGGUAACUGGCAGUCUGCGUCAAAAAUACGCGUAAAGCAGAUUUGCAGUACGUCGCCUACGAAUGAAGACAAAUCUCGGCCUGUGCAUGUGAUUUUUUGGGAAGUCGAAAUGCAGUUCAACGUCUCUUCAAAGACCAUGCUCGGGCAGAAUUAACUGAUCGUGUAAGAAAAUGGUCUUUGCAGGGAGCUAAUGAGCUAAGGAUGGAAUGAAAAAAAAGCUAGCCAUUGUGCACCGUUGGAGAGGGCAUGAUUGUAUGAAAACAACGGCCGGAAAUUCGUCUUCGUUCGCAGGCUCUUAAUUGGAGCUUUGAAGUUUCGUUUUAAUCGAAAUAUAAAUGGUUAAUAAAUAUUGCUUCGGAGUAACGAGUUAAACUAUAGUGUUUAGAAAUGGAACUAACCACUAAUAAACUGUAAAAAAUCUCCUUGUUGAAUAAAAUCAUAUGAAAUAUCA